AUGACGUUAGAGAAGAAACCUGUUGGUGAUGGUAGAAUCAGAGAAGAAGAAGAAGAAGAUAUCAUCAACCAGUUACCAGACUGUUUGCUUUGUGAGAUACUUUUCAAUCUUCCCACGAAGGAUGUGGUUAAGGCUAGUCUUUUAUGUCGCAGAUGGAGAGAUCUUUGGCAAUCUGUUCUUGGAUUGGAUUUGGAGUUUAAUGGCUCCACAGAUUUUGAUAAAUACGGUUUCUUCAACAGGUUUAUAGAUGUGAACAGUGACGUGUGCUUACAAAGAAUUAAGCUACAGUAUGUUAGAUAUGAGGAGAAUUCUUAUAACGAGACAACAAUAGACACUGCUAUUAAACAGAAAACUCGACAUUUAGAUGUUGGUUCAAGGUCCCAUAGAAUUAGGAUACCUCCAACCAUUUAUACAUCAUGUGAGAGGUUGGUCUCUUUGAAACUUUACCGCGCAAUCUUGGCUACACCUCCCAAGUCAGUGUCUUUGCCUUGUCUCAAGAUCAUGGAUCUCCAACAAAUCGCGCUCUUUGACAGGCUUGCAAUGGACAUGCUGAUCUCACUCUGCCCAGUUUUAGAAACCCUAACUUUGGACAUGUUGUAUGGAGUCAAAGUAUCAUCUCCCUCUCUUUUGAGCUUCUGUCUUAUCAAACGUGUAUGUCAGAUACCACAAGUAAUGCAAUUGCAGACCCCAAGGCUCAAGUAUCUAAAGCUGUACGGCCAUCAUGCAGAAAAAAUCAUUAUGAAUGAUUUGAGCUCCAUUGUUAAGUUGGAUCUUGUUGGUUUGAUUAUUUCCUGUGAGAGUUAUCCUAAUUUUCUUACGCUGAUCUCUCGUGUGAGAGAUUUAACCAUCUCUGCUGACAUUCUCGCGGUUAAUCGCAAGUUCUCCAAAUCGGAAUCAAUACCCCAAAAACUUCAUAAACUUUCUGUCUUGAGCGUCAAGGCCAUCAAUGGCUUUGGAUUCUGGGAGCAUUUGUUAGUAUUUCUUGAGAAGUGUCCAAACCUAAAAACUCUUGUCAUGGAGUUUCAAGAUAAUCAUUACGGAUUAAAUUUUUUCGAUGUGCCUCGGUGUGUCUUAUCAUCGCUUGAGUUUGUUGAGGUAAGAGCAAAACACAAGGCGGAUAUGGUGAAAAUAGGGAGUUAUUUUAUGGCUAAUUCAACAGCACUCAAGAAAUUCACACUCCGUUUAGAUCAGAUAGAAGAAGAACAUUUUUUGAUCCUCAACGAGCUCUUUGCAUUGCCAAGACAAUCUAUGGGGUGUGAAGUUUUUGUUCGCUGUAGAGCUUUUGUAACAUGCAAGCCCUUUUCUCUGUUUACUUAUGCUGAUGGUUUCUCCGGAUAGAAAUUGUACUUUGUUUACUUAUAUGCUGAUGGUUUUUCCAGUUUUGUAACGAGUUAAAAGACCAAUUUAUAUACCAGCCUCUCAUGUGAAUGCCAGUUUUU